AUUAAUGAAUAGAGUGUUGAAAACCCCACGAGGACUAAAACAUUGCUACAACUAUUUCAAAGCCUUAGACAGUAACAAUAGCAACAUUACUCUCUUCUGCCAUGGACUUUAUGGAUCCAAGCAUGAGUUUGACGAUAUCGCCAGUGACGAAAGACUUCUUAACUUGACCAAUAUUUAUGCCUUAGAUCAUGUGAAUCACCCAGAAUUUGCUUUUGAUAAUCAGGCCGAGUAUAUUAUUGAUUUCUUGGAUAAUAUCAGCAGCACGGACACAAAGGCCACACUUGUGGGACACUCAAUGGGAGGAAGAGCAUGCAUGAGGACAGCUCUACUGUAUCCAGAAAGAAUCAAAGCUGUCAUGGCAUUAGAUGCGCCUGCAACAAGCUUUACUGAUAUUCCUGGAUAUAUGGAUCAAACAUACGCUCUGGUAAAAUAUUUCAAGGAUUUUGACCUCUCUAAAUUUCCCAAAUUGGAUUCCAUCGAAGAGCAUAUGAAAGAAAAGUUUAAAUUCGACGAUGUAUCUCUUCAAAGAAUCAUGAGGAACUUCAGAUAUACUGACGAGGAAGAAUCCAAGAUUACUUGGAGAGUAAAUCCUCAAUAUUUACAUGACAAUGUAGAGGCAAUCACUUAUUUUGACCAUAUUGGAACAUUUGAAGGGCCAGCUAAAAUGCUGAUUGGAGGUAUAUCAAAUAGAUGGAAGCUUGAACACUUUAUUGAUAGCUUCCCUAAUAUCAAAGAAGAGGAUAUUAUUCCGAUCCCAAAUACGAGCCAUUGGAUACACACCGAUGACCCUGAAGCUUUCAUCACCAAUCUCACAGACUUACUAAAAAGAGCAGAAUAAUGGAAGAAAUCACGAUCAACUAUUACUAAUUUAGCUCAUCAACUAAAAAUCGC